AUGGCCGACAGUGACGAGAAGCGAGCCGAUAGGCUCAAGAAAUUGAGAGAACUGCAUAGACGACGGAAUGAGGCACGGCAGCUCAACCAUCAGGAGGUCAUUGAGGAGGAUAAACGUAACAAACUGCCUACAAACUGGGAGGCCAAGAAGAGACGAGCAGAAUGGGAACUUGAUGAGGACAGGAAGAAACAAGAGGCUGUUGAAAAGGGGGAAGAUUAUGAGAGGCUGAAGAUGUUGGACCAAGGUGCAGAUGAGAUUCAACGCUUUGAAAAGAGGAAGAAGAAGAAAAAUCCAGACCCUGGGUUUUCCAAUUUUGAGGAUGCCACCAUCAGACAGUACAACCGAUUGGUUAAGAACUUGAAGCCAGACAUGGAGAGUUAUGAGAAACAGAAGGAGAAACUAGGCAAUGCAUUCUAUGCUGACAAUCAGACCAUCAUCCAUGGCCUUCACAAGGAUUCCCCUGAAGCCAUUCAGAAAUUGGCUGAGGGUGUUGAAAAACAGAUUGCCAAGAGGGACAAAUUCAGCCGAAGGCGAACAUUUGACCCAGAUGCAGAUAUUGACUACAUCAAUGAGCGCAACAUGCGCUUCAACAAAAAGAUUGAGCGAUUCUAUGGACAAUAUACAUCAGAAAUCAAGCAGAAUUUGGAGCGUGGAACUGCUGUGUGA